AUGUUGCUCCAUCUUCUCCUUUUACUAUGCUUGACUUCUUCUUUGGUCCAAGCGUCGGUGCACGAGUACCGAAACGGGAGAUUCAUGACUAAAGGCAACGCCUUUGUCUUCCAUGGCGGUAGUGAAGGCAUCUACUCCUCUUCUCCUUCCGACAAUUUCAUUUCCGACUCCGAUUCCGUUUCAUUUAUCCGUUUUGAGAAGAUCAAGUUCCAGAGACCUGAGGAAGUUUCCAAUAGAUCUUCAUUACCUAUCCAUGCCGUUGUUUUCGAGGUAGAAGACCGUGAAAACAUUGGAGGUUCGGCUUAUGGUGGGCAAAGAGCUGUGUGUUGCACAUCUGAUCUGGCGAAACUCGGUGUUUGUUCACAUGGAGAGAUCAUUCACCAUCCUUCUAUUAAAGAUUCUGCUUGGCCACAAGUGUUUGGUGUUUCUUUGAGUGAGAACGAGUUGUCUGGUACGCUGCCAACAAGAUCGAUCCAGAUCACUAGGACCGGAAUGUACAACCUAUACUUCAUUCAUUGUGAUCCUGGUCUCAAGGAUUUGGUUGUAGAAGGGAAAACCAUUUGGAAAAACCCGAGUGGUUAUCUACCCGGUAGAAUGGCUCCGUUGAUGUACUUUUACGGGUUCAUGUCGCUUGCUUUUGUGUUGCUUGGAAUCUUCUGGUUCUCGCAGUGCGCGAGGUUCUGGAGAGAAGUGCUUCCGUUGCAGAACUGCUUAACUCUGGUGAUUACACUGGGUAUGUGUGAGAUGGCGCUUUGGUAUUUUGAUUACGCGGAAUUCAACGAGACUGGAGUCAGACCGACUGUGAUCACUAUCUGGGCAGUCACGUUUGGCUCUAUCAAGCGUACAAGUGCUCGUAUUAUCAUCCUGAUGGUUUCGAUGGGAUACGGUGUUGUGAGACCUACGCUUGGGGGAUUUACAUCAAAGGUUAUCAUGCUUGGGGUCACUUUCUUUGCUGCAUCUGAAAUUCUUGAACUGAUGGAAAAUGUCGGUGCUGUCAGCGAUCUCUCGGGGAAAGCUCGAUUGUUUUUCGUUCUUCCUGUUGCGAUAUUGGAUGCUUUCUUCAUUAUAUGGAUAUUCAAAUCGCUCUCUGCUACGUUCAAGAAGCUUCAGACAAGAAGGUUAUUGGUCAAGUUGGAUAUAUACCGAAAGUUCACAAAUGCUUUGGCUGUAGCCAUUUUGGUUUCCGUUGGUUGGAUUUGCUACGAGCUUUAUUUCAAGUCGAAGGAUGUUUACAACGAACAUUGGCAAAACGCGUGGAUCAUCCCGGCCUUUUGGCAACUUCUCUCCUUCUCGCUCCUAACUGUUAUCUGUUCUCUCUGGGCUCCAUCCUCAAACUCGACUAGGUACGCAUAUUCUGGAUCUUCCGGGGAUACAAGCGGGGAGUUUGAGAAAGACGAUUACACACUAACCCUCAUUAAACCAUCUCCAAUUCCUUCUCACGAAGUCAAGAACCUCUCAGAAACCAGACCUUUGGUAGGUGACAAAGGAGAAUCAGAGAAAGAUUUGGAAGAAGACAAAAGGGAGUAA